CAUGGCGAAGUCAGAACAAAAACCGGAAAACGAAAUGGAAAAAGAAGAUUCUUGGUAGCUUUUGUGUCCACCGUCAACAGAUGCUUGCCAAAUGCUAUCGAUAAAGGAGUCAUAUCCUACUGCUGAAUUGUCAUACUAGUGAAGGAGCCAUCGAGCCACAGUUCGAAUCAUACAUCGUAUGACGUCACCUGUUUCAAUUUAUCUGGAUAUUAUUGUGGAUAUUUAUUUUUUGGACCGUAACUAUGCCUGGAUAUUUCUCACACGUCCCUACAACAGCUUUUUACCCUUCAGCGUCCUGAUGAUCUGUCAAGAUUAAACUAUAUUUUACCAUUUGCUUCACGAUUCGAUUCACGAGAACCUCUCGGUUCUUCCAAGUCUCGUAGAGGUUUUAAUGAGAUGUUUUGAUCACUGAUAAUCAUGAAUGUCGAGGAACUGGAACUCUUAUCUGACUCUAAGUACCGACAAUUUGUCAGCGCUAUCGAUAAAGCACUAAAGAACUUUGAGUACUCCAGUGAGUGGGCCGACUUGAUUUCUGCACUUGGAAAACUAAACAAGGUAAUUUACAGACCCGAAUAAAUUAAAAUUAUGCUUGUGCUUGCACACCGUGCAAUUUUUUUUAAUUAAAACUUAAGUGAAAAAAAAGUUAUCGUAUUUUAUUUCACUGAUUUAAAAAGUCAGUCGUAAUAACAUAAUCAGGAAAACAUACAAAAAAAACAUGUACAUUGAGCAGUGUGUGAAACGUUAUAAUUAUUAUUUCCGUUUGUAGUUUUUUUAUCUAAUUAUUUUACUCCUGCCCUGAAUGGGGAAUGCUUUUGUAUAAAACCUUUACAUUUGCACAUUAUUCCUCCACUACAUCCUUGGAGUCUAAGACUAUAUUAUAAAUCUGUGGAUUUAAAGGGUUAUAUAUUAUCUUAGUAGAAAACAUUUAUAAUUUUUAUAUUGUAUAAAAAUUAUACUGCAUUUUCUACUAAAACCUUCCCCUUAAUUAGAUAAUGUGUGUCAUCCUGUCUGUUGUAAAGAUAGGGUGAGAAUUGUUGAUGGAAAUGCUUAUAAAAUGGUAUUGUUAAUUUGUAAAUAAUUUAAAUAGUAGCAUUUUUCCUAUACAUGUACUUGAUAAUCAUCAAGAUUUUUGUAAGCUCUUGGGCCUUAGGAAACUAUUAUUUUUUGUCUUGUCAAGGUCCUUGGAAAGGAAUCAAAGAGUGUUUCUAUCUUUAGAGUUUCCUCUUUUUAUAGACAUGAGCUAACAAGUCAUGUUUUAGUGCACAGACGUUUAAGCGUGUAUAGCAUGCAAAACCAAUUUUUGUUAUCAUUAUUUGCAAAUAAUAUCAUCAUUACAGAAACAUGCCCUUUGAUAAUUGUUGCCUAUGAAAAGUGGGGUACCCAUUAAGGCUUUGCAAGCAAAAAAUGAGGUUUCAAAGGCUACACCAUGUACCACUGUUUUCGGUCUCUUAUGAACUUUAUAGUGACUAACAAUUUUCACACUUUCCAGAAAAGAAACAAUGCAGGAACAAUACAAGUAGCUUACCAUUGUUUUAGGUGUUGGAAUGUCUUUGCCAUUUCUUCAGAAAAGAAAAUAUUUAUGCAAAAAGAGGCAUUUUUUUUUUUGCAACUACGCUUAAAUUAAAGCAUCCCAAAUUAGGUAGUCUCUUGCGAAUCAACUCGAUGGCAAAACAGCUAAUAAGAAACCAAAACUCCUCUUCACAAAAAUCAGUCAAUGAAUAAGAUUGAAUAAAAAUGUUUAGAAGCAUUUAUUACGAUCAGAAGCGGUAGCGGUAGUUGUUUUCUUAAGACAGAUUAGACGGCUGUUCAGGUUUGGUGAUUAAAUACAGUGUUCUCACCAGGAUUUUGCCUUGGGGAGUCCCAGGGCCCCCUCUUCUGAGAAAUAGGGGCCCUGUAAGAACAUUAGGGGGACAAAGUUACAAAAAACACGCGGUACGAAGAACCUGAGCCCGCACUCCAAAUUGUCUGUUACAUGAAGUACCUACCUGAUCCAAUAUGGCGGAAGAGGUGUUUACGAUUCGGAGGAGGAGUUUACGAUGUAGUGGGACGUGCGUGGGACCAAUGAAAGUAAAGGCAACAAAAUUAAAGACUUUGACUCAUUUGAUAUCAUGUUUUUUUAUUUAUUCAGACAAACAGAAUGCUUUAGUGUUAGGGUGACCAUUAAAACUACUUAAGUCCAUUUGACUCGUAGCUUGCCCCUGCGCCCUAACGGGCGCAUCUUCUUGGUUUUAAUGCGCCAUUUCAGUUUUUUCUUGCGGGAAUCCCGCAAGGCCGCGGCCUGGUGAGAACACUGUAAAUAUGUAGUUUAUAUUACGCUGUUAAAGGAAACUAUCGCUCUUAAUUUGGCCUUAUACUUUGUUAAGAUUAGGUGAGAUUACUUUUCGGAGAAUUUGGCCUUAAAUUUUGAGGCCUAUAAUAUUAUCUGAAAUCCGCAACAAAAUGUAAACAAACCGAAGCAUUGGUUUUGCUCAAAUUUCAUCAAUCGAUUCGAACACUAUAUAUGAAAGUUUGUAAAAGCUAAAAAUUCAUUUCAAAUCAGUCUGUUGAAACAUGUACAGCAAAAUCAACAACAAUUAUUGAGGAUUUUUCAAUUUUAAAGUGUUUAAAAGCAAUUGAUUAUAUGCUAAUUUGGAUUAAAUUUAGAAAUUUUUUAAAUAAACUUAAGUAUUGUUAGUUGCAUGAAGUUCUAUUCUUCUUCCAAUAACAGCCAAAUGUUGCGUGUGUCUGAGCAAGAACGGUAACCAGGAUUUCUUGAUUGACACUCUGUCCACAUCCUUUUUCAUCUAUUUGCAUUUUCACGAUCGACAAACAUCAAUGGGUGCAUUUCUGUAAUUGUUUACAAUAUUCAGUAUUUUCAUGUCAUAGAGCUCUAUGGAAUAUUCCUUAGGGGAGAAUGAAGUAUUACAUGUAUCUUAUUUUUCAUAUCAUGUGGAGAAUACUAUUACAUUCAUUUUAUCCAAUUAAUUAUUAAGUGUGGGAAAGACAACAAAAUGAAUCAAUGUCACACCCUUAUCAGCAGAUUGAACAGACAGUGGAAGAAUUCAUUUCCUAUUUAGAGUUGUGUACAUUAUGUACUUCUAGAUUGUCUUUGUACUGACACAUCUACUAAAUGUUUCAUACUAACAAAAAUUGAUGUAUCUUAACAAAUGGCAUUUCAAAAAAUCUACCCUUUUCUUUUUUAACCAUUACUAGAAAUCUAAAUGUAGGUACAAUUUUGGCAGCUGCCAAAUUUUUACAGAAGCAUUGUUCUCUUAGACAGGGCUCCAUUCUUAGGAGCUUAAGAGACUUGAGGAGCAAACCGACGAGGAGAAACCCUGCACUGUCACCAAAAGUCAGGGUUGUCACUAAGAUUUUAAGUUGCCGGGUAAAUACAACAAGUAGGCGGGGAAUCAAACAGCUAGAGAUUUCUUUUGGUUCCAUUUUUCUUCUGUUUUCCAAUAAAAGUAGCCACGGGGGCCACUCUCUUAGUAGCCGGGGAAAAUCCCCGGCCCCCGGCUCUUAAUGACAACCCUGAACAGUACAAGUUCUCGUAGGGUCAGGUUUUUUUCUAGCACCCGUUUUCUGCAAAUUAUUAAUUUACACUUAACUUUCUGCCAUUUUUUCUUUUUUUACUUCACCUGCACUGCGACCAAUGCAUAACAUUUUCCACACCAUUUAUUAAAAGCAGACAUUCAAAAAACUAGUUAAGCUAGUUUAUUUUUAACUAAUCUCAGAUUAGUUAUUCGGGUGAUCAUAAUUUUGCUUUCAGGAACUCCUUCUUAUAACACACAAUUUAUUAGUUAUCUGCAUAGUAAGAAAUUUAAUUGUGGAUUUACCACUUAUUGGAGGAUAGCUUAAUCAGCUUUUCAGGAACUGUGGCCUGGUCUUCCAGUGAGCUAUGAAGUUCUCACAGCAAUUGACCAGAUCAAUUGGUUGAAUACAUUCGUAAUGCAUUUAAAAGACCACCCCCGAAAGUAAUGAAAUGAAACAUAUGUUUUUAUCCAACAGUCUUUGUUUGGGCAUCACCUCUCUUGACUCUGCAGUUAAUAUUAAUAUUACUCCUUCUACUUUAGGUUUUACAGAAUCAUACCAAAUUCAAAGUGCUUCCCAGAAAGCUUACUAUUGGCAAAAGGUUGGCACAAUGCAUGCACCCCACUCUGCCAAGUGGUGUGCAUCUCAAAGCACUGGAAACAUACGAGCUCAUCUUCACACGCAUCGGCCACAAAGGACUGGCACAGGAUUUGUUCAUAUAUAGUGCUGGACUUUUUCCUUUACUUGGAAAUGCUGCUAUGUCUACUAGGCCUUUGUUGAUGACUUUGUAUGAGAAUUAUUUCCUUCCACUUGGUAAAGCAUUGCUUCCUGGAUUAUCAGGACUGUUACUUGGCCUUUUACCAGGGAUUGAGGAAGGAUCUGAAUAUACAGACAGGUUUGUUGAAUAUGCUGCAGUCAUCAGAAGCCUCCCAAUAAUGAUUUUAUCCUUACCACUAAACUACCAUUAAGCUCAUCAGGGGCGUAGUCAGCCCCUGGACCUGUAGGCCGGAGCCUACAAAUUUUUGGUUAGAUCACUCUACCACUUGUAAUAGGUUAUGCGUUGUUGGGGUGAGCUAAAAGGCUUAAGAGGUCAAAAUGUUUGUGAGGUCAGACUAGUGAUGCGUGCAAUUUUCAGGAUAUGUGGAUAUGAAAGUCAGUCAGGCCUACAUAUAGUAUUGAAAAGCUGGCUACACCCCUGCUCAUCAACAAAGAUUAGCAGGGAGAAAGUGCCCAGAGAGGCUUGUGGAGAGAAGAACAACAGCCAACUGCAGUGCAUGACAAUCCUGUUGUUGGCAUCCACCCAGGCAUCAUCACCUUUCCAACUAAACUAGUGCAAUACCAACUUUAUAAUUAGCAUAUACUUACCAAAGGGAGGAUGGGGUAGGGAGGGGAACACUUGUUGAACAAGACAAACAUGAAGCGACGUGAAUAUAAUGGCCUGACCUCAAGACCCCUGUAGAGCUAAUUGAGCACCCUCAAUACCUCUCAGCAGAGAUGCCCAGCAAUGCCUUAAAACAUAAAUACAUGUAAUAUUAAAGAGCAGAUUUAGAGAAGGGAUAAAUGAACUUGCUGUUUGUGUCUAAGUCUAAAGCACUCAAUUAAACCUCAUGUUUUAUUAAGCUUAAAAAAGUAGCCAGCUCAGUCUUUCAAUUUUUAAGUGUGCAAGUUGUACUCAGUCAAUAAUAAUAUUAUUAUUAUGAGGUGAAACUACUGUAGAUGUUAUUUGCUGCCCCAGUAGAUCUGCAUCUCUGUUCAUCCCUGGAAAUUUUGAUGGUGUAAUCUGCCUUUCGUAAUCUCCACUCACAGGACAAUUUCAUUGUUGGGAUCCUUCAGUGAGAACACAGACAAGAAGAUUUUCUACACAACAUUGUGGGGAUGUAUUUAUUCAUCACCCGGCAUCCGCUUACCAGGCAUCACCUUUAUAAUGACAAGGCUGAACAGAAAAGGAGCUGGAAACCAAGAGUAUCUGUUAGGAAAUGACCCUCCUCUUUUAGUAAGUGUUAUACAUUGCAUGUAUCAACCUGUAUUACACUCUGAGGGGGAUACAAACUGUAUUGAAUGGGCGGGGAUGCUGGACAUCUCAGUUAGGGGUGUAAAUUGCAGAUUUUGGUAUCACUUAGAUGGUUUGGACAGUAAGCUUACAUUUUGGCCUCUACUAGUCUCCUUCGCAGCCGCUCGGGCCGGACUCAUGGGAAGGGGAGCAUUGCCUGACUCUGGCCUGAGCAGCUGCAAAGGAGACUACAAUCCUGGGCAGAAUAAAAUGGAACAGCACACCCCGAUACCCACCCCCACUCCACCCGCCAAAUCAAGGAUGAAGCCGCGCAAAAGCCAAGACGCGUCAUUUUUCUAUCCUUGAUUUACGGGAAGGGGGAUAACAAAUUUCCCAUCUAUUUUGUCCAAGAUUGUAUUCCUCUACAGGUAUCGUUUAUGCUCUGCGUUAAGAAGCAAAGAAAUCGGAGGAAAAAUGGAGAAAGAAGGAAAAAGAAAAAGCACUAACUGACAGUGCUGUUGUCACAACGACAACGCAAUUGUCACAACUAUAAAUAAUUAUACUAGGGUUUUUUAGAUGUUCGUGUUAGAAUUGUAUCUUUUAGAGGUGAAUAAAGCUUGAGCCACCCCCUGUUUGGUCUCCUUUUGGAGUUUAAUUCCAAUUUUGUCCACAGACUCAAAAGUUAGUAUAGACUUUCUCAAAGCCCGUUUCCGGUUCCUGUUGGUCUGAAGUUAGUACUACCGUAGAAAAUAAAUAAUGCCAAGUGAAAAUACUGCUGAAUGGGUUUCAUUUAAUAAGGUCGCGUGGCAGGAAUUCACUCUACCUUGAUAAAUGACUCCAACAUUCUAUCUGUGAGGGAAAGGUUUAGAAUGCUGAGAAUUUUAAGAGGGAGUUUGUGUGUUCAGAGGAGGAAGAAGUAAAAAAAGUGGUGGCUUAAGUUAGAAAGCCUUCGUUUAGUUCAUAGUUAAACGGUGGAAUGUUAUUAAACAACUUAAAAGUCGUUUGACUUCUCUUUUAUCUUCUUUCUCAGUCUUUUCUUCAGUCUUGAUUAACCUAUUUACUUUUCACAAUAGGUACAAUCACUAAGUAAGGCCCUAGGAGACAGCAGUCUUCUUGUCCAGCGGAAUAUACUGGACUUCCUUCUGAUUUUUCUUCCGGUGGACGCUUGUUACCUCUCAUCCAAGGAAAAGAUCACGCUAGUGGCGGCUGCAUUAGAAGUCUUAUUACGAAGAGACAUGUCUUUGAACAGACGCCUUUACACUUGGUUACUGGGAUCAAAUGCGAAGAAAGAAUCGUUGUCAAGAACCGAUAGUCUCAGCGAUGCGGACCACGAAGGGCCGAUGGAGACCUUCUUCAGCUUGCACUCGAAGCCGCUUUUAAUCGAGGCUGUAAGGAAAGUGUUUCAGAGUAAAUUUAGGUUUGAUAAAGGAGACUCGAAUGGAGCUAAGAAAGCACAAAGACUGGAGGUAUUAAAACCAUUUCGAUUGCUGAGAAGUCUUAUGGACAAGCCUGAAAUCGGCAGUGCAAUCGUGGAAGACGUUCUGCUUGAUGUUUUUAGGGCGCUGUACAACUAUUGCAACGUGCUGAAAGAAAAUGGAGCGGAUGUUGAAGAAAAUGACCGUAGAGAUUCUGUGGAGAGCACUCACCUCGAGACGAGCACAACUGACUCGUCAAAGAUGAAACUCAUAGAUGAACUCAUCAAAACAGCAAACUUGCUUUUCAAUUCUUUUGAACCUUAUUUUAUGUGGGAGUACCUAGCAAAGUUGCUUUCAGAUUGCGAUAAACAAUCACUGACAUCAGAUAAAGUUAAUGGCGUUGACACAGAUCACUGCACCAGUAACGGAUUUUGUGCUAAACCUACCUCGACAAGCUGUUCGGAAAUUUUUCGCUUGACUGACUUUAUUCUUGAUGUUGUCACUCUUGUAAGUAUAAUUUUUCCCAUCUCAUUUUCUUUCUUGACGUAAAAUUCCGAAAAUAAGCAAUACAAGAAAUUGUGGUCAAGGUUUCUUUUAUUCUAGAAAAAAAAAAAAAGAAAAUGAACUUUACGACGAUAAUGGCGAAUUACGUAAAGAUGGAGGGCCGGAUAGAGAUAUCUUUUUUUGGAUGCAAUAACGACCGUAGAAUCAUCCCAGAGAGCAAUAAUGCCUGUUUACAAUAAAGUUCAGAUAUAACGCUCAAUCUGAUUGGUUUAAAAAGCACUUAGGAAGUGGCUGGAGCACUCAAGAAGUAGGAGGAAACACUAGACUACGUCUUGUGUUCCCCCCUACUCUUCUUUUGUGCUCUUUCCGCUUCCUGCGUGCCUUACAACAGAUCAGAGCACUGUCAGGGCUUCUUUAUUUUUUAAAAAAACCACGUGACAUUGCUUUCAUCCCAUCAAUCCAUUGGCACGUGCAAAGAUGGCGUGUAUCACGAAUAAGGUCCGUUUCCAAACAUAAGCCCGAGGAACUUAUGUACUGAGGAGCUCAAUAAAGAAAGUGUUUUUACGUCUCGCAUUUGAGGGGCUUUCACUCAGAAUUUCACAAUCUGCCAGAGUUUGGUGAUGGAGUUAAUCUAGAGUCCACUGACAGUUUUGAGAAACAUGAACUUCUAUAAUGUCAUACCUUUUUUACGUCCCAUGCUCAGAGCAUGAGACGCAGAAAACAAUGCCUUCGUUAUUCAAACCCGUGACAUAUCUGGAAGUUAUUGGGCGCUCAAUCUCGACUAUCUAAUCCGAGAGAGUUUUUCAAAAGCUUCCCUUUCCUACUCAGUUUGUGUAACUACAGAGGCGAUAACGCAGAAAUGAACACUCAGUGGCUUGGAGGACUGGGUCUCAUAGAAAGCUACUGAGGUUGCUGACUAGAAUGAAAACUGAUAUGCUCAUGUUUUACUCGUAGCAAGCUGUGCAGUUACUUAAAGAUUACGUCGUGUAAGGUGGAGGAAACGACUUGGAAGAGAGAGGAUUCGUUUAAUCGUACCAUCACGAUAGUUAAUUACUACUUUAGUCUGCAUGUAGUUGAGUUAGCGUUGAAGUCCAGAAUUUCCCAUCAAAUAAACCCAGGCCGAGGGUAUUGAAAUUGACCUAAUUGGUAAGUGUCAAGUCUCUGUUUUUUUCUGUCUGUUGACUCUUUUCUUUCUUAUGUAGGAGGCUGAUUUAGAAAUUCAAACGGAGCACUGGCCAGAACUUCUGCGGAGGAUAACAAUUGAAAUGACCAAGAGAUGCGAGACAAUGACUCUAGAUGAUGUCAAAGAAGGAAUCUGUUUAUCCUCCAAACUUCUGUCCAAGGUGAUGCCUUCCAUGAAGACUGUAGAUACACAAGAACCCAUUUCAAGUAAAGAUCAGAGAAAGGAAUUGGAAGGCUCUUCAGAACACGAACUGAAUGAAUGGAGCGUUAUUGAGUUGGAACCUCGUCCUGAAGGUGACAGUAACAAGAUUCCCGCAUUGGAAAGCUCUGAAACGGUUCAAAAUGGAAUUACCAAAGAAGAGGUGGAAAAAGAGAAGGUAUCAGGUGAAAAGGAGGCGGAUACUACAGCAGAGGGCGAUGGCCAGGAAAACGAUAAGUUGGAAGAUACUCAGGAGAGUCUUGACGAAUGGAGUGAUUUCAAUGAGGCUGAUCCGAAUUUCCGAUCAAGUGAGAUAGAAUCUAGUGAGUCUUCUAAUGAGUUGUCUACUGUGGACAGUAAAACUGAAGUCAGUGAAAAAAGUCACUUUCACGACAGCAAAACUGUUGGCAGAGGUGGUGCAGGAAAAACGCAGGUUCAGCAGCCCUUUCAGUCUUCUUUAAUUCAAGCCUGCGUGAAAUACUUCCAGGAUUUCUUCGCCCGAUUUGUGAUGGAAAGAGUAUUGAAACGCCUCAACUCGCUUUCUGUUGACAGUGUGAAUUCUCUUGGAGUUAGAAGCAAACAAUGCUACACGGCAGUGCGAGCAAGUGGACUUAUCAGCGAAAGCACGUGGAAAGAGCUUGAUAAUGGCAAUCACAUUGCAAGAGAGAAACAGGAAGAGAGUGCUUGUCAAACAGAAGGGAGUCUGAAGGCGAGAAGAAAUGUGGUUGGACCAACUAUGCUGGUGUCAUCCUUUAGGUCAAUGCAGUCGUCUAGGAAGUGCGCAGGGGCAUUUGUAGCCGCAUGUAAGCUGUUGCUGGAAUUGUCCUGCUUUCCAGUUUGUUCUGGAAGAGAUUCAGAUUCAGAAGAAAUCACAACUGACCAAAACGAAGGUACAGUUUUCGUUGCACGCUUUAAGUAUUCCUUACUAAUUUUUCCGUUGCUUAUUGCACCUUCAAGAAAUAACUUUUGCAGAAAAUGUUUAUUGCGAAACCUUAAUAUAGAAACUCUUUGCCUAAUUGAAUAUCGUUGGAUUCCCUAAAGCAAUCAAAGAAGUUAUAUUUUCGUUUUCUUUCGAGUUGUUUUCCGCACAAUACCUUGUAAGAUAAAUUAUUUGGUACUUGAGUUAGAGAAGGGCAGUUCGUGACCAGAACUUGACAGGCUUUUUUUUUUCUAUUUAGUGAGUUACGAAGUAGUGUUAAAAAUUAUGAAACUUUGCACUCACAAAAGGCUUGGCCCCGAUCAAGCUUUUUAGAAAUUUAUAGUACUCCAGGAGCAAAAUAUUUUAAUUACUUUAUUCUUCGUUGUAUAAGUACACGACAAUAAGCCGCGGCAAAUGUGAGUACUUUAGGUGGGGUUAUUUUAAGGAACGUUUGACGGUGGUUACUUAAGCGCAGUCAAAACGCAUAUCAAUUUAGCUAGUUGUAAUAUUGACGUGCAUUGAGCGUUUUAGCAUGAGGUUGGUAAAGGUAAAGACACACACGAGCCAAAGACCCAAAGGCGCGGAGCUUAUCCCGGUUUCCUUAGCAUGAAGCAUGCCUAAGAGUAUUGUUACUCCCCCCUGGACGGGAAGUUACUCCAUCGCAGGGUUACCCCCCAUUAGUAUGUCGCCUGUACCCAUUUAUACACCCGAGUGAAGAGAGACAAAGUGGAGUAAAGCUCCUUGUCUAAGGAAACAACGCGACGGGUGAGGCGUGAACCCUGGAACUCCAGACCUGGAAUUUGAGGUGUUAACCGCUCGGCCACACACGCCUCCGGUUUCACAUGACGUUACUUCGGCCGUAUUGGUGUUCCAAAACAGUAUGACGGCGGCCAUGUUAGUGAGCCAAGCCUAUCCUGUGGGACUUGAACUCUUUUCUGAUGUAGACUCUUUCUCUUGUUCCGAUAAAUUUGCAUAACUGAUGGCCACCUCUGUACCCGAUGUAAACAGUUUAAAAAGGCGCAUGGCACACGGACUCCAAAAGCUGUUAAAUGUAUCUGUUUAAAGCGAACCACUUGUAUCUAGAUUCGGCGAUUUAAUAAGCUCCCUUUGUUUUUUGUUGCUACUUUUCAGUGCCCACGCUUCCAGAAUGGUUGCAGUCGUUAAUCAUGUGCUGCUUUGAGGUCGACGACUUUGACAUUCAAAGCUCGGCCGUCGGUACGCUUUUGGAUCUCGUUAACCUAACGUUAUCUGUGGCGGCUGGUCACGCCAAUGGACCCAGGCCCUCCGCGCCAGUGGUAGUCAUCCCAAUGAUAUCCCAGCAAUCUUUGGGGGUCAUUGAGAAGUCUGAUUUGUACGAGGUACAGUUUGGAAUCGUUUAGAAUUCGCAAAACGUUUGAGCACACAGAUGAUAUUCGUUUAUGCUAAACGAAACAUGCAUUUGCUUGAAGGUUUUUAAUAUGGCUGUAAUGUAAUAUGUAAUUUUUAGAGCGCUGUAAUCAAGAUCAUAACGCGGAGUCCAGCACCACGCUUGAAGAGAGAGGUGUUCCCCAAUCGAGCGUUAGGCGUUUACGAGUUCGCUUUCUGGAGACUAAAAGGGGUUUUUAGUUUUGUCUCUCGGUGGUAAGGCGCCGAUCAUCUCAUCUUUUCAGUUGAGAUAAGCAAACCAUACAUAUUAGACGAGCCUCGAGCAGAGUCUGCACCUCUCUUGAAAAAGUACGGAAAUCUGCAAGAACACAAAAAAUCGCACAGAAUCUGAACAAAAGGAAAAAAAUCCGAAUUUUUUUUCUGUUGUUUCUAAAAUUUCUAGACGUAGUAUCCCGAGAUCGUUUUGCAACCUCAUCCAGGUUUCAUACUGAUCUGAAUUGUACUUCAUAACCAUAAAAUCGUCAUAGUAUGGUAACCAUCUAAACAUGUUUAUUGUAUGAUUGACAGGUCAUAGCAGAAAGUCUUUGGGACCAUAUUGGAGAGGACACAACCCAGUUUCACCAGAGGAUCGUUGAGCUGUUUCUUCAGCUCCACAACUUGACGCCUUCUCCAUCACUUUGUGCAAACGUCAUUGGCAAUUCACUGGUAGAUAAUAAUAAGGUUCGCUAUAAGCAUUGAUUAUGUAAUGAUCCUUUUCUUACAGUCAAACCUCCCAAGCAAUUUGUGUUUAGCUUCUGCUUUCUUUGUAGUCACUGUAAUCAUUGAUCUCUUGUGGUUGUAGGAGCUUUGCUUACAAGGACACUGGAAGUUUGCUUUGUUCUGGCAUGUGGCGAGGAAUGUUGUCAUCCAGGAUUCUGGUCGAUCACCAAGACUCGGAGAAUUUCGUACUCUUGACAGGUAAAACUUGUUUUAUAUUGCAAAAAGACGGCAAAUACUGAAAAGGUUCUAGUGUACGUAGUAUCUAUAACAAAUUUACUCAGCUGAAAAAUACUAAUAUGACAAGCAAGGCAGCAGGAGCUGAUAAUCCGUAGAAUAAAGUAGGUUUUCAAGAGAUCAUCAUGACGUAAAUAACCCAACAGAGGAGUACAGUACAGCAAGAUAGUCAUUUUGUCCUCUUUUAGACUCGUCAAAGAUUCGAUGGUGAAUUGAAUUCCGUCACUUCUCUACAACUGACGGAUCCAAAGAAAGACAAAACCGCUUUCUUGCUGUGCUGUUCUGCUCUCUUUAAUGAUGUAGUGCAUCUUUAUGUUCAGUUGCAUUAAGUGUUUUUCAUCAGCCGUACUGCUUAGUUUGUUACAUGGUGCCUUUUCAUGCAUUAGUGGCCUAAGAGAGCUUUCACUCUGUUACGUGUUGGGACACGUAGAUAUAUUUUUAGCAACUACUAUAAUUUGCAGUCUGUCUACUUUGAAUUGAAUAUAAAUAACGUUGUUGAAAAAUAAAGAGGCAGGUUGAGCCAAGAACACCCCUAUUUCAGGGCUUAUGCUAAGUGGGUAAUCACUACUCCUAACCUCUACAAAUUUUAUUUUUUUUUCAGAGCGCUGUUUAUUAUGCUUGAUAGUCUACAAAAUGAAGAGCCAGAAAUAAGGUAAGUUGACUAGUUGCAUCUCUUGCUCAAGUGAAAAAAAAUCCCUAUUGUUAGCACAGAAAAAAUGUAAGGUUAAGGCACUUCGUUUAUUAAUGAAUUUGCAUACUCAUCUGUGCGGGCUGUGUUGUUAAUGAACCAUUUGCGGAUAACACCCUUUUGAUCUUCAUAAUUUUUCACAUAAUCCUUAGUGUCAUCCGGUAAUUGCUUUUUUAUCCUUCAUGGGGCAGACCAGUACCUCUUCUGAGAAUACUGCUUAAUUACUGUAACAUGCCUCAAGAACUGAAGCUGAGGUAGUGAUGAGAGCACUCGCUUCCCACCAUUUUGACCCUAGUCGGGUCAAAUCCCCGGGUUGACACCAUACGUGGAUUGAAUCUUUUUUUAGUUCUCACUCUUGAGGGGACCCCAGUAAUGUAGGAACUACUGGAAUGGUGUUUCCUUAUUGGUCGCAGAAAACAGUAACAAAUCAUUGUCUAUCAUUAUUCCCCAUUGUUUCACGGUUAGGUUAUCGAACCAAUUGGCUUUUACAGUACAGCAGCCAUCCAUUUUGUCCUCGUUUAGACUCGUCAGAGAUUCUAUAGUCAAUUGAAUUCCGUCACUGCUACAUCUGAUAUGGUAAAGGGAAAGUCGCUAUUUAGAAUUAACUGUUCAAGCCAUUUCUUGUUUGAUUGAUCACAGGUAACCCAGGCUCUGUGAUAGUACCACAGUACGGUUCCAGUAAAAUUACAGUGUUUGUAUGGGGUAAAAAUAUCAUCCUAAAAUUUCUAGGAAAUACUAAAUAAAGAUCAGUGAAACUUACUCUGCAGUUAAUUGUUGUUGUCCUUACUGCUCCAACGAAGUUUCGUGAUAAUUUGCAGUAAUUUGUUCAAAUUCACUCUAUCUACAAUAAUAAUAUACAAGGUAGGAAACACGAGGUGCCAUUUUCGCCGACAUGCUCUCAUUCAACACAACUUUUUCCACGAAAUUCGAACUCCAACGGAAAAUAAACAUGCCAGGAUCGUAGAAAUAGGAUAGCAGCAGAUAUAGAAACCAAUGACGCUUUCCCAGAUAGAGAAACGAAUCCCACAAACUUGGACAAACUCGAAGAAUAUAAUCCAAACACACCGAGAAUACGCUCGCCGAAGCAGCCGGUCCAGAUCAACGCGCGGCCAAGAAAAUGAGGCCUGGGCACUGUACAAAAAAAAUUCCAUCCUGGGAGUCCUGGGGUGACCUUUCUAGGGACCGAUACAUCAUUUGCCCAAGGCCACCCUCCCCUGCUGGAAAAAAUACUUGAUAGAAGGCAAUUGUUCUUCCUAGCCAAUCACCAUUUGCCAGAGCAAACCCCGCACACGCGCCUGAAUUUAAAUGGCUAAAAAAUAGUAAUAUAAUCAGGAGAGUCUGCGGAGUUACAAAACGUCCCAUUUCUUUUACUAAGGAAUGCAAAUAACAGUAAUGAAACUAAUGAAAUAACAACGCGAAAUGCUUACAAGGCGGACUAAAAACAAGGUUGAACAAAAGGUAGAUGAUGACUGAGAUACUGUUGCUGUGAACUCUCGAGCGAAACUAUCGUAAAUAAACGGUGAAGCUUACAAACUAAUGUCAAAAAUUAUACAGAAAAUUGCGACAGAAUAUGAAUUGCGAUAACUGAGACGAAUGUGAAAGGCACGUGCACUAGUAAACAAAAGAACUAGCGCGAUUAACAUAUUUAGCGAUUAAUGCGGCAGUAACACGCCGACUUCUUGUCAAUACAAGUGAACGCUCUAUCGGUUAAAUAUGUGAAUCAGCGUGAUACACCUCUCUUUGAAUUUGGUCCUGUUGUACAAAUGCCUCGGUAAGAGCCAAAAUUCACUUAUAUCUUUUGCUCGUUUUAAGUUUUGUAAAUCGUCCUUCGUUGUUCUUUUUCCUUUGCCCUUAUAACCUUGCCCUACUGAUGUUUGACAAACUUUCUGAGGACCAGCGCCAGGAGCUGAAUAUAGUUCGAGAGGAAAAUAAUCUCUUUAUAACAGGCCAUAGUGAUUGGCUAGGAAGAACAAUUGUCUUCUAUCAAGUAUUUUUCCAGCAGGGAGAGUGGCCUUGGGCAAAUGAUGUAUCGGUCCCUGAAAGGUCACCCCAGGACUCCUGAGAUGGAAUUUUUUUGUACAGUGCCCAGGUUUCAUUUUCUUUGGCCGCGCGUUGAUCUGGCCUGGCUGCUUUCGGCGAGCGUAUUCUCGGUGUGUUUGGAUUAUAUUCUUCGAGUUUGUCCAAGUCUGUGGGAUUCGUUUCUAUCUGGGAAAGCGUCAUUGGUUUCUAUAUCUGCUGCUAUCCUAUUUCUACGAUCCUGGCAUGUUUAUUUUCCGUUGGAGUUCGAAUUUCGUGAAAAAGUUGUGUUGAAUGAGAGCAUGUCGGCGAAAAUGGCACCUCGUGUUUCCUACCUUUGUAUAUUAUUAUUGUAGAUAGAGUGAAUUUGAACAAAUUACUGCAAAUUAUCACGAAACUUCGUUGAGCAGUAAGGACAACAACAAUUAACUGCAGAGUAAGUUUCACUGAUCUUUAUUUAGUAUUUCCUAGAAAUUUUAGGAUGAUAUUUUUACCCCAUACAAACACUGUAAUUUUACUGAACCGUACUGUGGUACUAUCACAGAGCCUGGGUUACCUGUGGAUUGAUUGAUUGAUAUUUAUUAUUAUUUUGUGCGAGGCGCUGAAACUACUAAUUUUUUCAAAAUUGUGUUUUCCAGGGUAGGGUACUCACACAGCACUGGCUUGCUCACGCCCUACAGCACGGCGAUCUGGGACGAAUCGUCGACCCGCUUCUUCUUACUUCUUCAUCCAAUCACUGCACGAGUCUCAAUUCACUACCUGUACGCUUUUUGGGGUACCAAAAUGUCCACAAAACGUGCUGCAACGCAAGGAACGGAAACGCUGGCUAACAAUGUAAAGAAUAUUAAGAAAGAAAACGGAGUUACAGCGGCUGGUAGACAGAACAACAAAAUAGUGAUCCGAAAACCCGAGCAUUCGUCGGGGAAUUCUCGGGGAUCAGAUGGUAGUAACCAAUCUCCGAGUAAGCCGAGCGAACCAGAACAUUCGACGGACACUGACGGAGAUGGAGCGGAGGCCGACGACGAAAACGAAGAAAACGAGCCUAAGAAAAAUG